AGUUAAACUCUGUGAAGAAACAAAGCUCUCUGAGUGUGUGGUGAUGUCAUUUCCGUCGAAUGAGGUCUAAUUUUUGAAGCUUCAAAUUGGUACUAUAUCGCUUUGCUAUUAAAUAUAUAAAAAGCAAAUCAAUGCAAUUUCUCCUUCUGCGUAUUUUACUGCAAUGUAAUAAACAUAAAAAAAGUUGUAAUGUCCCACGAGAAGUCUAAUUUAGUAAGAUCUCUGAAGCCCAAAGUACAGUGACAAUCAGUCCACAUGGUGUCACCAAAGAUCUUUGGUAAUGUUCUGUCUGGUCGCUGUAAGCGCAAUCAACAAACACACUUCCGUCAAAUAAGGGCGGAUAUUGCCCUCAACAUCCGGUAGGUGAGGUCACAAGUAAACACAUGGCCGUACGAUUCAUUUUACCGUGUUACAUUUUUGGUGGAAGAAGUAUAGAGCUUUAUACACAUUCACGCAAUGAAAGUUAAAGUCCUCUCCAGGAAUCCGGACGACUAUGUCCGUGAGACGAAGUUGGAUAUCCAGCGUGUACCAAGAAAUUACGACCCGUCCCUCCAUCCGUUCGAGGUGCCAAGAGAAUACACCCGUGCCCUGAAUGCCACCAAGCUGGAGCGCAUGUUCGCCAAGCCGUUCCUGGCUUCUCUGGACGGCCACAGGGAUGGGGUGAACUGCAUGGCCAAGCACCCCAAGAGCCUCUCCACAAUGCUGUCCGGCUCCUGCGAUGGAGAGCUGAAGGUGUGGAAUCUAACCAAACGUGAGUGUGUUCGUACACUCCAGGCCCAUGAAGGCUUUGUCAGGGGGAUGGUAGUCCGCUUCUGUGGCACCUCCUUCUUUACGGUUGGUGAUGACAAGACUAUAAAACAGUGGAAGAUGGAGACUCCUGGCUACGGAGAGGAAGAGGAACCUCUCAAUACUAUUCUUGGAAAGUCUGUGUUCACCAGCAUCGACCACCACCAGAAAGAGGGUGUGUUUGUGACGUGUGGCCAGCAGGUGGACAUCUGGGAUGAGCAACGCAGCAGCCCCAUCCGCUCCUUCUCCUGGGGCGUGGACAGUUUCAGCUGCGUCCGCUUCAACCCUGUAGAGACUGAACUUCUAGCAAGUUGUGCCUCUGACAGAAGUAUUGUGCUGUAUGACAUGAGGGAAGCGACACCUCUUAAAAAGGUAAUCAUGAAUAUGAGGAGCAACACUUUGUGCUGGAAUCCCAUGGAAGCUUAUAAUUUCACCUGCUCUAAUGAAGAUUACAAUCUGUAUACAUAUGAUAUGAGGUACCUGGACAAGCCUUUCACCGUCCACAUGGACCAUGUCUCAGCCGUGCUGGAUGUAGACUACUCUCCAACUGGUAAGGAGUUUGUCUCGGCCAGCUUUGACAAGACCAUCCGCAUCUUCCCCAAAGACAGUGGCCACAGCAGGGAGGUGUACCACACCAAGCGCAUGCAGCACGUCAUCUCCAUAAAGUGGUCGUCAGACAACAAGUACAUCCUGAGUGCUUCAGAUGAGAUGAACAUCAGACUGUGGAAGGCCAAUGCUGCUGAGAAGUUGGGAUUGCUGGCUCCUAGGGAGAAGGCAGCUGUGAACUACAGCCAGAAGCUGAAGGAGAAGUUCCAGCACCACCCUCAGAUCCGCCGCAUCUCACGCCACCGCCACCUGCCCAAGUCCAUCUACAGCCAGAGCAAGGAGCUGCGUGUCAUGAAGGAGGCUCGCCGCAGGAAGGAGAGGAACGUACGCAAGCACAGCAAGCCUGGCUCCAUGCCCGUGGUGACGGAGAAAGAGAAACAUGUGGUCACCGUUGUGAAAUAGGACGCCAGUGACAGUGUGGCGUUGGAGGACUGAAGGACUACUCUGCCUCUACAAACACUUGGGCCACGUUCAGACAUACACAGCUAGUGUUGCAAAAUGUUGGGAUGUUUCCCAAAUUCCUCUGGUUUUCCAGAAAUUCCACGUACUUGGAUUUCCUGCUUGGUCCCUCAUGGUUCCAGGACACAGGAGGUUGGUGGCACCUUAAUUGGGGAGGAUGGGCUCGCGGUAAUAACUGGAGCAGAAUGGGAUCAAAUACAUGGUUUCCAUGUGUUUGAUGUCAUUCCAUUUGCUCUGUUCCGGCCAUUAUUAUGAGCCGUCCUCCCCUCGGCCAUUAUUAUGAGCCGUCCUCCCCUCGGCCAUUAUUAUGAGCCGUCCUCCCCUCGGCCAUUAUUAUGAGCCGUCCUCCCCUCGGCCAUUAUUAUGAGCCGUCCUCCCCUCGGCCAUUAUUAUGAGCCGUCCUCCCCUCGGCCAUUAUUAUGAGCCGUCCUCCCCUCGGCCAUUAUUAUGAGCCGUCCUCCCCUCAGCAGCCUCAUGUAUUCCAGGAAUAUUCCAAACUGGAUUUCUGACAAACCUGGCCACUUGGGAAAGAUACCAGAAUUUUGCAACCCUGCACACAAUGUUGUGGAUCCUUUCAGUUCUAUUCAUGACAUUCUAAUCUGCAACGUUCAAAAGACUGCACCCUCCUGAACACAACCCUAUCUAAAACUUUGAAAGAACUCAUUCCACCUCUCCAAGGCUUAUUAGCAAAGAGAAAUAUGGGUCAAUAUUGUGAAGUCUGCUGACAUAAGUGUCUCAACUGUCAUGGUAAAACGUUGUACCCCCAGAUGAAGAUUUCAUGGAUGCUGUUGUUGGAACAGUAAUUUGGGGAUGAUAUUGUAUUGAAAUAAGAAUACACUAGAAACCAAGAAGAACAACAUGUGUCAAAUAUCACCAGAAUGUUUAUUUUAGAAACUAUCUUGAAAAUGUUUGUCCUCCCUACACCACCACAUACCUUCAGCUAUUGUUUACUGAUUCAGUAACCUUAGAUUGCAUGAUGCUAAGGGUUGACUAUAUUGACAGUGAUUUUUGUAUUUAUUGAUACUGCUAAUAAAGAUGUGGUAUGGAUA